UCUCUGCCCACGCCCCCGACCGCCUCUACCUCGUCUCCGACCUCCCCGUCGACAGGCACGCCGCAGACUGCCUCUUCCUCUCUGUCUCCGGCGGUCCGGCUUCUGCGACGCCAAACCUGCACCCGACCCCAUCUCUCUGUCCCCGACCACUCCAGCACGGCGGCGGCCCCUCUCCGCGGCGGCGGCAACAGCGCAGCAAGCGGGCGCGACGGCGGCGAGCCUGGCCUUUUCUGUCAUGUGCCGUGUCUGGGCUGAAGCGGGCGGGCACGACACGGCCCACUUAUAGUCGUGCCUAGCGGGCCUUGGCCGUGCGAAGCCCGUUUAUCCACGGACCAGGCCGUGCCGGGCAUGUGAGGUCCGUUGGCCAGGUAUAGCCGUCCCGUCGCUUCCUGACCUUUCCCGCAGCCACGAGCCGCCGUACCUGAGCCGCAGCGCCGUCGUCGCUCCCCACUGGGCUGCAGUAACCGCGAGCCGCCGGCGGCCCCGAAUUUUGCCCUCCGUCGCCGAUAGCCACUUCAGCAUCUUCCUGCGAUGGCUGCGGCGGCGAUCUCCGGUGGCCACCUCGUCCUCUCCUCUCCUGCCUCUUCCCAGCGCCUGCAGCCGCUCCCGCUCCAACAUCCCUCAGCGAGACCAAUCGCCUCAUCCGCCGCCUCCGCCGCUCGCCGAGGGCUUGCGGCCGCCGCAGUCUCCAGCCCCGCCGCGUUCUCCUCCGCGGGGAAAGAUGCCAAACUGAUUCCUAAGGAUUUUCUACAUAUCAAUGAUUUUGACAAAGAUACAAUCAUGAAGAUCCUCAAUCGAGCCAUUGAAGUUAAGGCAAUGAUAAAGUCAGGAGAUAGGAGCUUCCAACCGUUCAAAGGAAAGUCAAUGGCAAUGAUCUUUGCGAAGCCGUCGAUGAGAACCCGUGUUUCAUUUGAAACAGGAUUCUUCUUGCUUGGUGGGCAUGCCGUUUAUUUGGGACCUGAUGAUAUCCAGAUGGGCAAGCGCGAGGAGACUCGUGAUGUUGCUCGAGUACUUUCUGGAUACAAUGACAUCAUUAUGGCCAGGCUUUUUGCUCACCAGGACAUUGUGGACUUGGCAAAAUAUGCAUCUGUACCUGUCAUAAAUGGCCUCACGGACUAUAACCAUCCAUGCCAGAUAAUGGCUGAUGCACUCACUAUGGUUGAACACAUUGGUCGUAUUGAAAACACCAAGGUUGUCUAUGUUGGAGACGGGAACAAUAUUGUGCACUCAUGGCUUCUAUUGGCUGCCGUACUUCCUUUACACUUUGUAUGUGCUUGUCCUAAAGGCUUUGAGCCAGAUGCAAAGACUGUGGAGAUCGCCAGGAGUGCCGGAAGUAAGAUUGAAAUAACAAAUGAUCCCAAGGAAGCAGUAAAGGGAGCAGAUGUUGUGUAUACAGAUGUUUGGGCCAGCAUGGGCCAAAAGGAGGAAGCUGAAUAUAGGAAACAAGUGUUCCAAGGAUUCAUGGUGGAUGAAGCCCUGAUGGAGAUAGCUGGUCCAAAAGCCUUCCUUAUGCAUUGUUUGCCUGCGGAGAGAGGGGUGGAGGUGACAGACGGUGCCAUUGAGGCUCCCAACUCGAUCGUGUUCCCACAAGCUGAGAACAGAAUGCACGCUCAGAAUGCAAUCAUGCUUCAUGUGCUUGGGGCUUAGUAGCCCUUCUACAUGCUAUUGCUCCAUCGAUAUCAACAUUGAAGAGUUUUCUGAGAACUUAGGUUCCUUCAGGGUUUUGCACUGUAAUCCAAGACGUUUUCUUCAGAGGCGUGAAGGGUAGAGACUUUAGAACACCUCGCAAUAUUCAGAUGCAUGGAUUGUCCAAUUACUAAAGUAUUUGGUACUUCGGAGGUAGCAAUGUGGUAAUCCUGAAUAAACAGAGCACCUUCGUGAUUCAUUUCAAGUCGUGUCACCUGAUCUGGAUUA